CUUGAUCUUCAGCAUUUUUCUUUGAGGCUCUCGUCGAUGCAAGUUCUUCGCAAAAUUUAAAAGGAAACAACGUCGUUACCAAGUCUGAACUUGCGGCACGAUGACAGAGGAUACCUACUUCGAUUACCAAUUAAGUGAAAAACCAUCUCAGAAGAAGGGUAAGGAACGCUUAUGGACCGUACUAAUCGCUUGUUCGGUCGCGGCGUUUGGUCCUUUUAGUUUUGGAUACUGCAUGGGUUAUUCGUCCGCAGCAGUGACCCAACUGGAGAACCCCAAUCGUACAGAUGUCUAUCUUGAUAAAAACGGGAUCAGAUUGUUUGGGAACUAUAUUUCCGAGACUGCCCCAGGUCGUCUUCGAGGUGCAUUUGGUGCGUUUAACCAAAUUGGAAUUGUCGUUGGCAUCUUGUCAUCCUACGUAAUCGGCCAUGCCCUCUCCUGGCGUUGGUCUGCCAUCGCAGGAGUGGGUCCCCCUGCCUGUAUGUUUGUUUUGAUGUUUUUUAUGCCAGAAACAGCCCGCUGGUUAUUGGCUCACCUUAAGGAGGGGCGUGCAGUCAAGACUCUACGGUGGCUUCGUGGAAAAUAUGCUGAGAUUGAGGACGAGAUUGUCGAAAUCAAGGAUAGUUUGAGUUUAAAAGAGAAGAUGUCAAUCACAGAAUUCAACAAACGGAGUUUUCUCCGGCCUUUUGCAAUCAGCAUGACCCUUCACUUCUUUCAGCAGAGUACUGGCAUCAACGCAGUUAUGUUCUAUUGUGCCACGAUUUUCCAAAAUGCUGGUUUCGAAAACAACAGCACCAUGGUAUCGAUCUUGAUAGGCGCCAUUCAACUUGUCGCUGCUGCCGUGUCCAUCCUCUUGAUUGAUCGUGGUGGCAGGCGCUUAUUGCUUAUAAUCGGUGGCGUCGGAAUGUGUGUCAGCUGCUUCAGUAUGGGUGUCUACUUCUUCAUCACAAUCAAUUCCGUACCAGAUACCGAUAUGGCGUAUAGUGGCCCCGACAUUUCCUGGCUGGCAGUUACAAGCAUCGCUGUGUACAUCGUUGGAUUUGCAAUGGCUUGGGGUCCCUGUACAUGGCUCAUAAUGAGUGAGAUAUUCCCCGUGAAGGCCAAAGGAGUAGCAAGUGGUAUUGCCACUUUCUUCAACUGGCUUUGCUCCUUCAUCGUCACCCUUUCUUUUGACGUGCUCAUCGACGGACUCACCAUCGCGGGGACCUUCUGGUUCUUUGGAAGUCUUGCGUUUGUCGCUGUGGUUUUCGUCUACUUUUAUGUCCCGGAAACGAAAGGAAAAUCGCUUGAGGAGAUACAAACGUACUUUGAAGGCAAACGACAGAAAGAAAACGAUUCUGCAGAGCUUCUCGACAGAGAAACGGACGUUUAGGCUACGUUUAAGAACCAAAAUACUGAUUGCCGUCAAAACAUCAGCGUAGUGCUUUUCAAAAAACCUCUAUAACGGCUUGAAAUUCAUUUCACCUAGGACAGCAUAGACUGGACAUUCGACUUUUCUCAAAAUGAUGACAAAGAAAUUCAAAAUCUGUUCAAAAUAUCGAAAUACCCGGGUAAGUAAUUUAGGCACAAAAAUGACUAUCCUAUAUUUGGCAAUUUCAUACGAUUCUAUUUUAAAAAAUGGAGCAGCAGCUAAGAAAAGAUGUGUUUUUAAAUUUUUGAGAAAAAAAAUUGAGUCUUAUGAGGCAUCAUGCUUCAUUCUCAGUUACAUAAACGUUUGUAAAUAUUAGUGGUUUCAGGUUUAAAUUUAUCCGGAAUCAAUAUUUUUCAGUAUACUUAGUUCGUUAGCCAAUUUCAUGCCACGAGGAUAACUUUUCCCAGUGAUAAAAUUUGAGAAUUCGUUCGCCAUUUUGGAGAAGAGGCCUCUUGUUUCUUUCACUGUUUCUUACUUAACCCUUUUUUUUCCAAAGAAAUCAAUUCUAGUUCUCCGGUCUGGCUUUCAUUUCUUAUAACUUUUGAGUGGUAUUGAAUCAAACAAUAUCCUUUAAUUGCUGUAUAUCUGUCUUCCAAGAGAUUAUAUCCUAAUCUUUCGCUUUCCUCCCUGACCGUUUGUUUGAAAAUGUAUUGAUUUCAGUUACAAGGAUAAAGUUCAGUCACUUUUGAUAGUAAAAGGGCUGACAUUGCUACUUCUUCGAAACAGGACAAAAAUUUAAUUUUUAAUAAAUUGAACGGGCAAAUGUUUAUAAGUCAGUGUAUAUAUAUAUAUACGAGAACUCGAACGAGAACUCGCUGUUUGACAGCCUAACGAACAGUUGAACAUUUUAACGUUUCAGAAGAUGUUUGAGGAAUGAAAUAUUAUGAUUUAGAACGCAAAUUAAUGCAAGAUAUUUGCAUUUUACUCAUGAGAUAAAUACAUUUCAUUCACUUUGGUGUGUUUUUUAAGGAUUUUUGUAAUCUUUGCCCUUUUUAUAAGAGAAGGAUGACUGUGAUGACAGAGAAAGUCCAAACCGGUGAAGACAGUUUUGCUCGUCUUAUGUGGAAAAAUGUUCAUAUUUCAAAAUAUUUGGCGUUCUCAAUCGAUGAUGUUUCUUUCCUCGAACAUGCAAAGCGUCUAACAAAAAGCCUCAUCAGUAAGGUCGCUUUUUGAAUUGUCACAAUACAAAACACUUUAAUGUAUAAAUCGAUAAUUUACAUACAUACAUACAUACCUACAUAAAUACAUACAUACAUACAUACAUACAUACAUACACUUUAUUGAGCAUCCCUGAAAAGGGCUUUUCAGCAUCAAUAUUAAAAUAUAGUAAAAACUAAAUAAAUAACUUAAUAACGAUAUACUUUCAUAUUACUUAUAUAUUACUUAACUACUAUAUGCAAACAACAAUUAUCAUCAAAGAUGGUUCAUAUUACAAAUCAGUUCAUUAAUUAAACGUCUCUUAAAGA